GACGCCCCGACCCUUACGAGGGCCAGGUCAGCACCGGCCCCGCGAGGCAAAUCGAGGCGAACCCCGUGCUGCCAUGGCCUCGCUGUUGGGAACUUACUCGUGGCCCGAGGGCCUCGAGUGCCCGGCACUGGAAGCCGAGCUGUCGGAUGGGCUGUCACCGCCUGCUGCCCCGCGCCCCUCAGGGGACAAGGGCUCGGAGAGCCGCAUCCGGCGGCCCAUGAACGCCUUCAUGGUUUGGGCCAAGGACGAGAGGAAACGGCUGGCGGUGCAGAACCCCGACCUGCACAACGCCGAGCUCAGCAAGAUGCUGGGGAAAUCGUGGAAGGCUCUGACGCUGUCACAGAAGAGGCCGUAUGUGGACGAGGCAGAGCGCCUGCGCCUGCAGCACAUGCAAGACUACCCCAACUACAAGUACCGGCCCCGCAGGAAGAAGCAAGCCAAGCGCCUCUGCAAACGCGUGGACCCUGGCUUCCUCCUGGGCUCUCUUUCCUCCCGAGACCAGAACACCCUGCCAGAGAAGAGGAGCACCGGCGGCAGCCGGGGGGCAUUAGGGGAGAAGGAGGACAGGGGUGAGUACUCCUCGGAUACCGCUCUGCCCAGCCUCCAGGGCUGCUACCAUGAGGGCACUGCUGGCGGCAGUGGCAGCGGCAUCAGCGCUCCCGGGAGUGUGGACACGUACCCCUACGGGCUGCCCACGCCCCCGGAAAUGUCGCCCCUGGAUGUGCUGGAGCCGGAGCAGACCUUCUUCUCCUCCCCCUGCCAGGAGGAGCACACCCACCCCCGCCGCCUCCCUCACCUGCCAGGGCCCCCUUACUCACCACCCGAAUUCGCCUCUAGCCCCCUGCACUGCAGUCACUCCCUGGGCUCCCUGGCCCUUGGCCAGGCCCCAGGAGUCUCCAUGAUGUCCCCCAUCCCUGGCUGUCCCCCAUCUCCCGCUUAUUACUCCCCUACCACCUACCAUUCUCUCCACUCCAACCUCCAUGCCCACCUGGGCCAACUCUCCCCGCCUCCUGAACACCCUGGUUUCGAUGCGCUGGAUCAGCUGAGUCAGGCGGAACUGCUGGGGGACAUGGAUCGCAAUGAGUUCGACCAGUAUUUGAACACUCCUGGCCACCCGGACUCUGCCCUCAGCGGCCACACCCCGCUCUCCCAGGUGACCCCCACGGGCCCCACAGAGACAAGUCUCAUCUCCGUCCUGGCUGAUGCCACGGCCACCUACUACAACAGCUACAGUGUGUCCUAGAGCUGG